AUGGCACCUUGCAAAGAAAUUCGUCAGCUCCAGCAAGAUUUGGACACUUAUUGGAUAUUGGAAACAGCGCUGAGUAUUAAAUCAAGGUUGCUUCUGGUCUUCGUUUUGCCAAAGAUGACACAAAAUACGAGCAUUCCAGUCAGUUAUCCUAUGAUGCCUCCGAUAGAUGAUUUAAAUAAAUAUGCACAUUUAUUGCAAGUCAUUGAAGAAAUGGGACGAGAUAUUAAACCAACCUACGCCAAUAACAAAAAUGCCGCAGAAAGACUAAAAAAGAAUAUUCACACUGCUAGGAUUUUAGUCAGAGAAUGUGUUUCAGAACUUGAACGUGUUAUGAAAGCGUAG